UUAUAUCGACAAAAACGAGGUUCUUCACUGUAUAGUUGCCUAUUAUCCCGAUGGAAUUCGGACAGAGCAUAAAGCCGUUUUCUUGUCACAGAUUCAGAUUUGUGGUUAAUUUCAAACAACAUUGAAGCUUAAUUUAAAGAUGGUCAAUGACAGCGUUCUCCCCACUACAUCAUCCAGCCCAGACAUGGCACCAAACAACACUGAAGAAGGUCCAAGUUUCUAUAGCAAUCUAAACUCUGUCCACCUCGUGAUUUAUCUUAUCGUCACUUUAAGCAUCGCCAUCGCGGGAAUCAUCGGUAACUCCAUCGUAAUUCUUGCCAUCAUUCUCUCUCGCAAGCUCAGGUCUACUCUAAACUUCUUCGUCCUAAACCUUGCAUGUGCAGAUCUCUUGAUAUCGAUCUGCAUCCCAUGUGACGUUUCAAACCUCCUGCUCCCUGAGAGCAGAAAAAUUCGAUUUUGGUUGUAUGCCAUUUUGACGGGAAUCGCGGUCAGUCUUACGACUCACGCGUUCAUUGCGUUCACCAGCUGGUACCUGAUCACAAGGAGCCAUGCCAGAUCAAAGAAUCUCUACACCACUCGGAACAUAACCAUCAUGAUUUCUUUCACGUGGCUCUUUACCAUAAUCGUUGCAAGCAUAAUACAUGCUGCCAACAAAGCGGGCUAUUAUAGAGCUAUUGUUGUUGAAGGUACUUACAUAUUAGCUCAUCUUGUAGUCAUCAUAGUCAGCUAUCUGAAGCUUUGGUGCUUUGUCGCAAAGCAGGAGAAGAAACCAAAACCACCGCCCAACAGAAGUAAGCAAAAUGACAUAAGUGUGUCUACGAUGAGUAAUAACAGGAAUGGCGGUCAGUCUGUGGUUGAUUCUUCAAGUGAAUACAACGGUCCACCUUCCUCUCCGGCAACUAACAAGACCGCUGUAGAAGCUUCAGAUCUUGAACAUUGCCCAAGAACGGAACAUGACCAUCGAUCCAGCAGAAAGGUUCCCACUGACCGACAAAGAGAAGAACGUGCUCUUCACAGGAAGACAAAGACCAUGGCUGUCACCAAAAGCCUUUUAGUCGUCCUCGUUAUGUUCAUUAUCUGCUUCAUUCCCUAUCCUUUCACCUUAUGGCUCGAUCCUCAUUUCUCUACCGUACAACCGUGGGGCGUAGCACUCAUGUUCUUCAACAGUUGCAUCAAUCCCAUUAUUUAUGCUGGAAAGAUCCGUGGAUUCAGGGAAGUGAUGGCCUGUAUCAUCGGCUGUAGGUUUAGAAGCAUGCCGAUGCCCGUCGAGUGGUUUCGAAAAUUAAGAGACUCUGGUUGAAUCCUUCCUGAAAUUUGUGUAUUAUUGCUGAUGGCAACAUCAUUUCAAAACAAUGCUUUGUAAAAACACUCCACCCUCAAAUUUGAAUCAGCGUAGCUCUUGUACAACUGUCAAUUUAACAGAGGUAGACUUUGAUUGCUUAUGUAAGAUUGUCGUGGGCGUUGUCAUCAAGAUAUAUAGAGAAAAAAAAUUGUGGAUGUUUCCCUUCCUUCGCGGGUAUUGAAUGUCGUUAUGUGCGUAUCAUUCGCAGUACCUUCGACUAUUUCUAGUUUCUUUUCCCUUAAUCUAUCUGCCGAAAUCCUCUUGAAAAUAUGUCCUCUUUUUCCAUUUAAAUUUGUUUUUAAGGCAAAGAAACGUUUUUUUUAUAUACCCAAUAUCACGUAUU